AAUAAUAAUAAAUAGUAAUAAUAAUAAUAAUUAAAAGAGGAAGAUAAAAGGAAAAAAAAAAAAGAAAUUAAUUUGUCGCGCGCAAGGUGUGGAAUUAGUGGAGUGUGGAGUGUGAGGUAGUGUGUUGUAUUUCUCUCUCUCUCUCUCUCUCUCUCUCUUUCUCUUUCACUGUGUGCGUGAAGUGCAUCAUCGGUGGGGCUGUGGGGAUACCAGAAGAGAGAGAGAGAAGUAGAUAAUAUAAGGAGAGACAGACACACAGACGGUGAGAAGAGAGAGAGAUUGCCGAGUUUAACGACCACGACGUUCAAAGCACCCACUAUAUUCAAACGUAGAAGGAGAGGGAGGGAGGAGGAGGUGGUGGAAUCCUGAAAGAUAGGAGAAAGAGUUAGAGCGAGUGAGAGAACACCAAGAGGAGGAAGAAGAAGUAGUAGUAGAAGAAGAAGAAGAAGAAGAAGAAGAAGAAGAGGGUGGGUGUAUAUCUCGUGUGUCACGAUUAUUAUUUCGUAUUAGUUUUCUUCUUCUUAUCCCGAGAAGAAGCCGUGCAGCAGACAACAACACACGGUGGUGGUUGGUUGGUUGGAUUGGUGUUUUUUGAUCCGCCUUUUUUUUUUCUCUAACGUGGAAAACGAAAAGCAGUAUAGUAGUCAGUGGGUGUGCUGUUGGUUGUGUGUCCUUUAAUAUCAACCGUGUUUGCACUGUGUGUUGUCCUGUGGGAGUUAUAGUAGAGUUUGUUGCCAGGGUUGCUUGGGAUAAUAGUGCUGGUGGUGUGUAGUGUGGUAUAACGUUCGAUUAAGAAGAAAAGGGGGUGGUAAUCAACAUACAUCACAUACAUACAUACAUACAUACACAAUCUCUCUUUCUCACACAAAUAAAAGAGGCUAUUUAAAAAACAAAAACAAAAAACACUCGGUAGCAGUAACAAAAGUAGUAGUCAUUUAUGAAGAAAGAAUUUAAAGAAAUCAGGCGGGAAGUUUUGAAUCCGACGAUUAAUAAUAAACGGAAAACGCGUUGGGUCCCUUCCCUAUUUUCUAAUUACAUUUGUCGUUUAUUAAUCAAUUAUGACAAAUGCAACAACAACUGUUAACUCGGACGAAGGAUGUAAUUCGUCGUCAGUGUUAAGAUAGUUGUCUAAAAAAAAAAACAACAAAUAAAUCAAGUUUGUGUGUUAGUUUUUGAGUGAAAACACCCCAAAUCAACAACCCCCAGCAAAGUAGCAGCAGUAAUCAACAACAACGACAACAAUUGUGUAGUUUCCAUUAUACCCUUUGGUUAUUAUUUCUUUUUGGAGGGUAUUGGAAAAGAAGAAGAAGAGAAACAAAGGGGAAGCAGAAACAAGCUCUGGUGGUUUUGGGUAGAAGUUGUUCUAUCGUUGUUCAGUUAAUUUAGUUGAUUACUUUGGUUUUUAAACCCAAUAAUAAAAUAACGGUGUUGGAUUAAAUUAAGUUAAUAAUAAAAGAAUUAAAUGAUGGAUCGGCCGUUAGAUAUUAACGUGGUGGCCCGUGGUGUGACGUGUGAUUAGCCCCCGUCGGUUUAACCAGCCGUUCAUAACGUGAAUUAGUGGUGUACGAUGUGGUGUUCGGCGACGGCCCUGGUCCUCCUCGUAGCCGUUGCCGUAAGUGGUGUCAUUUAUAAGGGCUCAUAUUCUAGGUUAUCCAAUCAUUUAGUUUAUUUAACAAGAAAUCCUACCAUCAUCGACUUUAUUAUUUACGCGUCGACCUCGCCGUCGUCGUCGACCUCGUCGUCGUCGACCUCGUCGUCGUCGGCGUCGUCGUCGGCGUCGUUGUCGUCGUCGUCGUUGUUGUUGUUGUGGUGGUGGUGGUGGUCAACAACGUCCUCCUCCACUUCUUCUUUGCUAACCGAGUGGUGGUCUUCAUCAUCAUCAUCAUCAUCGUCGUCGUCGGCGGUGUCAUCGUCGUCGUCGUCGUCGUCGUCGUCGUCAUUGCAGUCACCGCUGUCAUCGUCAUCAUCAUCCUUGCUGACGUCGACAACGCGAGAAACAACACCACCUGUACUGUUCUUCAUCAACAACAACAACAAAAGCAGCAGCAGCAACAAGAACAAUCGUUGGCGAAUAAUUAUUAACAAUAACAACAACAGCAUCAACGAUCUCAACUUUAACUAUUACAACAACGAUCAUCAACCCAAUUCAAGUUCCAGCAAAGACGCAUUUAGAACAAACCAAUCUAAAAGCAAUCUUAUUAUCUAUCCCAACAACAAGUUCAACAGGAAUACUGUUGUUAUUAGUUGCUGCUUCAAUAACAAUUGUUGCUUAGAUUAUUACCCUAGGGACAAUAAUAACAACAACUACAAUUACAAAAAGAACGUCGUUGUUACUAAUACUGUUGGGUUAUUGUUCAACGUCAUAUACAUACUUUCCAAUCGAAUCAACAACGCCAUCAGCAGCAACAGCAUCAACAGAAACAACUGUGGUGGCAGUUUCAUCGUUCUCUACAAUAUCACCAACAGCCCUUGCAGUGGUGGAAUCAUCAACAGUAACAGCAUCAGCAGCAGCAGCAGCAACAACAUCAUCAUUACCAACAACAGCAACAGCAGCAGCAGCGUUAGUGCUAGUGCUUAGUGAUCAUCAAGAUUUGUUGUUGUUGUAAUUGCCUUCUUGCUUUUGGUUCAUCGAUAGUUGUCAAUUUUUUCCCCUAGUUUUAGUUGUCACUAAAAAAGAAAGAAAAAAGAGGGAAAGUGUGAAUACGAUUUGAAAAGUAGGGAGGAAGGAAGUAAGUGUUUUUCUUCGUGAAAAAUUCAGUGCUACAAGUACACGCGUCGGAGGAGAACGUUCCCCCUCCUGGAUAUAUAUUUUCUUUUCUUUUUUUUGGGUUUAUUAUCAUUUACUAUUAUAAAUUAGAGUAUACAUUUUUUUUUUCCUUU